UCUUCCCACCUCAGGUGAUUACUUCAUUCCAUGAUCUUGGAAGGAGUUGAGUUUCAAUUGUGGGAAUUUCUAAACAAGAACUUGUCUUCAUUUUUAAGUAUUUUGGAGAGGGUGAUUUCAGGCUGACAAUAUGCGGUUAACUUGGGCGUUUCUGAGCGUCUUGCUCCUAUUUGCUACGAGCAACGCCCAGUAUGGUGGGAUGGGCGGUAUGGGCGGCAUGGGCGGUCAAGGAAUGCGUCCACCAGGCAUGGGCGGCCAGCAGAUGGGCCAGCAGAUGCCCGGGAUGAACCCUAUGCAGAACCCUAUGCAGAACCCCAUGCAGAACCCUAUGCAGAACCGUCCACCACAAUCACCGAUGCACCAGCUAGGUUCCUUUAUGUCCUCAGCCGGUGGUAGCAUCCUCAAGCGUCUCAACCUCGGUGUUGGGUGUAACCUGUGCGUCUCAUUCCUCACCGGUGCGCAACAAUCCAUCCUCCAGCUCAAGAACGCGGCAGUUAACCAGUCGCAGCAAGUAUGUAACGGUCUCCCAAUGCCUAACUGGCAGUUAAACGGCCAAUGUCAACAGCUGACGUCAUUUGUUGUCAACCAAACCAUGCAGCUUCUCCAAACUACCCCCGCCCAGGAGAUCUGCAAGGCACUCACCUUCUGCAGCCCCCAACCCCAGCAACCCCAGCCACCCACCAAUCCUUGGAUGAACUACAACCAGCCACGACCUCAACCGAACCCAUACAACCCCUACAUGAACCAGGGUAGACCACAGACCCCUAACCAAGGGUUCGGUCAAGGAUUCGGAGGUAUGUUCGGACGAAGGAGGAGGUCCAUCAACCUUCAAGAACUCAUCCCGCACUUCGUCAAGCAAAUGGAUUCACUGAUGAGCAACUUGGAGAACACAAUUUGUCAAAGCUGUGAGAAUGUGGUGGACAGGAUGAGAGGAGAUGUACUUAAUGACAGGACACUGCUCCAAAUUGGCACCCUUCUGAAGGAGUCUUGUGACGUCAUGCCUUGCAUCGAUAAAACCGAAUGCUACGUCGUUGCCGAACAUUACCCUGCCGCACUCAGAGACUUCGCAGCUAACAUGGUUAACACCAGGGAGACAUGUGAAGCCUUCCAGCUCUGUGGAACGAACAGCCGUGUUGGUAGCGCAGGUGGUUUCGAUUUCCCUGGCUUCGGCUUGGACGCCUUCCUACCCCCAAGGGUACCCCAGGACCCCUCAGAGCCAACCGACCCAGAACCAGACGUCACCAUCGAAGCGGAGAGUGUACCUUUCAACUAUAACGGUGGACGAACCAAGAGACAGGUGCCCGGUAUGGCCCCAGGAGGAAUGAACCCUCAACAGCAGCAACAGUUUCCUCAAUUCCCGCAGCAAGGAAUGCAACCGAAUAUAAACCUCUUGGAUUUCGCCUCCAUGCUGAACCAACUUCUCACGAAUUUUGGAAUCCAGAUCCCAGGUCUUGAUAUGCUUGGCAGAAGGAUGCAAAUGCUGAAAGCAGGAAUGGGAGGUAUGUUUGGCGGCGGCCAGGGAAUGCAACCCCCUAAUAUGGGCGGCAUGCAGGGCUUCGGACGGAAGAAGAGAGCCGCUGAAGACUCAGGUCAUGUUGAUGAACAUAGAGAAAGAUUUACCAGACAGGCACCCUUUAAUCCAAUGAUGCAAGGUAUGCAGGGCAUGCAAGGCAUGCAGGGACCAAGAACUGUACUUGACUUCAUCCCCAUGUUGGACAAACUUCUCAGGAAUUUCGGUAUCAGCAUCCCCGGCUUGGAUAUGUUGGGAAAGAGACAGCUGCAGUAUAAAUAUGCUAUGAUGGGCAUGCAAAGAGGUAAUAUGGGAGGCAUGCAGGGAUUCGGACGUAAGAAGAGAGACACAAGAGACUUCGACAGCGGUGAGAAUUUUAGGAGGAAGAGGCAGAUGAAUAAUUUCAAUCCAUACAUGCCGUUUCCCCAGCAACCCCAAGAGAAACCAUCGUGGUUUAACGUACCAGCCAUGCUCGAUAGCAUCCUUAAGCGUUUUGGAAUCAACAUCCCUGGCCUCAAAACUUUCUUGACCGGAAAGAAGCCACAACCACAAUUCCCCGGUAUGAACGGUAUGAGUGGUAUGAACGGAAUGGGUGGAAUGGGAGGUAUGGGCGGCAUGGGAGGAAUGGGCGGAUUCCUCCGUAAGAAGAGGGCAGCUACACCCCUGGAAUUCACAGCUGAGCCAGAGCCUAUGAGUGAAGACAUGGCGAGGUGCAUCGGAAGUGCUAUGACAAAUGUGACGUGGAAAUGCCAGUUAUGUAAGAGAGGCAUGACUGCUAUGUCUAACAUACUUGAUAUCCAAAUGUCCCAUGAAUCAUCUGGUCUCCAGCAUAUGUGUCGUCUUCUCCCUGGCAAUCUACGAACUAUGUGCCAGAGAGAGUUGCGUCCUGUGCGACAAGAUGGAAGCGAUCCAACCUUGGGAGACCCGACGGUUGCCUGCCAGGGUCUCGGUUACUGCCUCGAAAAGCCUGAGAAACUUCCAUAGACUGUGAGAAAGGCAGCAAGCAUCCCCAACGGCGAUCAUUUCAU